AGAGGAAGAUGAAGACAAAGAAAAAGGAACAGAGGAAGAAGCUGAUAUCGAAAAUGUGGAAGAAAUUAUAGAGAAUGAGGAGGGCAAAGAAGAUGUUCCAGAAACAGUGGAGCAAGGUACAGAAGAAGCCAAAGACGAAGCUGAUACAGAGAACGAACCCCAGACGGAAGAAGCAGAAGAGAAGGAAGAAGAAGAAGAAGGUGCAGAAGAAAAAGAAGAAGCUGACGAGGACAGCAUCGAAGAUGGCGAUGAUCUGGUUGCUCUUCAAAUCGAGAGAGAAGUUCGUUCUAUGCGAUCAGACUAUUACAGUGAUCUGAACCAGGCCCCUGAAGUCAUCAGGCGAGGUACAAGGCUACUGGCUGCCCUGCGGAAGCACUCGGACACCUCCACCUGGUCUCGAAGACGUCUGCGAUGGUUCGCCGCCGCUCACAGCUUCAUGGGCACCGCCCACAGUGACAUCAAAGAGUUUGCCAAGGCCAGGUCACACCACGAGACGGACUACAAGAUUGGGGAAGGAAUAGGUGACGACAAGAUUCAGUCUAGGGCCUUGGAGCAGUUGGCAAGAGUUUACAUCAAAGAGGGAAACCAGAUGAAAGCUUUAGAGAAUCUGGCAAAACGUGCACAGCUCCCCCGAGACAGCGAAGAGAGUGCUAGACUGUUCCACAAGAUGGCUAACUGCUAUCUGAAGGUAAACAAACGGCCUUUUUCCCUUCUCCUUUAUGCGUCCUAUGUCUGCAGUUCUGUCUGUCUGUGUAACCUUCUGUUUUUCUUUUGUCUUUACGUCUGUCUAUCUGCCCAUCUGCCAGUCUAUGUUUAAAUCUCUGCCUGCAAAUAUCUGUCCUUCU